AGUGAAGGAAGGAGACCUGACCUGACCUCCAAAUCCAAAUCCAAAUGGGGUGCGCUGCCUCCGCCUUCCUCGACGACGACGACGACCGCCGCCGCAUCAUCGGCGUCUCCGCCUCCCACAUCGUCUCCCUCACCUCCUCCACCUACGGCAUCCUCGACAACAUUCAUCCAGUAGCAUCGUCCACCGGUAUUCCUCCUCCUCCACCCACGCCGCCUCCCAAACCCCCAUCGUCAUCAGCAGCAGCAGCAGCUGCGCCGGAGGUCAUCAACUCGUGGGAGCUCAUGGCGGGCCUCCUCGACCCCGCCACCCCUCAGAAACCACACGCCAGGAGGCCGAUGGGAGGACCUGCAGGGGUAGGGGUGGUGGUGGUGCUCUACACCACCACUCUUCGCGGCGUGCGCUCCACCUUCGAGGCCUGCAACGCCGUGCGCGCCACCCUCGAGUCCCACGGCGUGGCCUUCCGGGAGCGCGACAUCUCCAUGGACCGCGGCUUCCGGGAGGAGCUGCGGCACCGCAUCUCCAUCUCCAUGUCAACCACAGGCCACGACGGCCUAUGUCCGUUGGUGCCCCGGCUGUUCGUGCGGGGCAAGCACGUUGGCGGCGCGGCGGAGGUGGCACGGCUGCAGGAGGAGGGGAAGCUGGCGGCGCUGCUGGAGGGCCUGCCGAGGGCGCGGCCAGGGUGCGACGGCUGCGGCGGCAUGCGCUUCCUGCCCUGCUUCGACUGCAACGGCAGCCGCAAGCUCCGGUUCUCCCUCCCCACACCGGCGGCGCCUGCUGGUGCAGGGAGCAAGAACAGCAAGAGGCUGAGCGGCGGAGGAGUGGUGGUGGUGCGCUGCGGCGAGUGCAACGAGAACGGCCUCGUGCUUUGCCCAAUCUGCUCCUGAUUUUCCUUCCUACGAUCGUGGUCAAAGAGUACUACUAG